ACAACAAUCGCAGGCGAACCACUAGAUAUUAGGUAGGUAGACACACAGACACAGCACGGCAGCUGCACGGUUGCUGGUUUGCACCUGUAUAACGGUGGCACAGCAGUAGUUAUGGGGAUUCUCUAUACAGAGAGACGGAGACUGGUAACCCGAUUGGCCCUCGCUGCAGUAUCUGUCUGGCUGCUGUUACUUUGGCUGAAUCCCAAUUGGUCCGAUCGAUCGAUUCAUCAUACCCUCCGUUUCGAUCCCGGGAAGGUUGAUCUAUCAAACAGCGCUGAGACAGGAAAUCUAUGCCAGCAACAUGGAUGGGCUCCCUUCGGAACCCCGGAUAGGAGAAAGGUUUAUGAUCUGAUAAUGGUCAACACCGAGUUGGAUUGGUUGGAGAUUCGUCUCAACACUACUUAUCCCUACGUCGACUAUUUUGUCAUCGUCGAAUCUAGGAAGACAUUCACCAAUCAUGAGAAGCCCUUAGUCAUCAAGAACAACUUGGACCACUUCUCCGCCUACCGUGACAAGCUCAUAUACCACGAGCUUGAGAUUCCUGAAGGUUUUCAUUCAGACCGUUCUAAUCCCUCCUGGGCAUUCGAAGACCUCCAGAGGGAUGCCAUGUAUACGCAGGUAUUCCCGAGGCUUACGGGAGAACAGGCUCCUGUAUUGGGUGACGUUAUCGUCGUAGCUGACGUUGAUGAGAUCGUUCGCCCGGAGACACUAGUAGUACUCAAAGCGUGUCAUUUCCCACGCCGCCUCACGCUUCGGAGCUACUUCUACUAUUAUAGUUUUCAGUAUCUACAUAAAGGAGCUCAGUGGGCGCAUCCACAGGCAACAUAUUAUCAAGGUUGGAGAACCAUCCUCCCCGUAAAUCUGCGGAAUUCGGACGGCGGCCUACAACCUCUGAUUAGAAUGGAAAUGGGGGAUUUAUGGAGUGCUGGGUGGCACUGCUCUACUUGCUUCUCUACGGUGGACGAGGUUCUGACUAAGCUCUCGUCUUUCUCUCACAUCUGGCUUAAUCAAGAGGCAUUCCGUGGUCGUGAUCGCAUAGCCGAUCGAGUGAGGAACGGGAAGGACCUUUGGGAUCGAGAAGGAGAGGAGUACGAACGGAUUGAGGAUAAUGAUGACAUACCGACGGCUUUGCUAGGAAACCCUGACAAGUUUUCAUAUAUGUUGGAUCGGGACGGCCCCACGGCCGGUUUUAAAGAUUACCCUACAGUGUAACAACGGCAAUAUAAUCUCUUUUGGGUGUUCAUGUACUGCGCUGGCUGAUUUAAGUUGGGACAUGUGACGUUCUUGGCCUCUGGGCAACAUGUGCUAGGCAUAUGCUGUAUGGUUGCGGUCUGUACAACAUGUCUUUGGAGGUAACCGGGUAAAACAAUUGUGGUGUUUAUUUCUCCAGGUCUAGCAACCAAUUUAAUAAGGGGGUCUUUAUAUCAUGAACAUAAGCAGCGCACGUCUGAUCAAGUAUGUUUUUAUCGAGGUUGGUUCAUGAAA